CAGUCUGCAGUGAUAAGACAGCUAGAGGAAGAACUGAGGCUUGCCCACAUGAGGAAUCCGGAUGCAGAAGUCCAGCAACAUCUCGAAGCUCUGUAUAAUGAGAAAGAACAUAUGACGAAAGAAAUAUUUCUUCUUAGGGAAACUAUUAAGGAACUAGAGCUUAGAAUAGAAACACAGAAGCAAACUUUGGCUGCCCGAGACGAAAGCAUAAAAAAAUUAAUGGAAAUAAAGGGAGUAGGUGGCAAAAUCAUGGAGGAGGAAAGGAUAGAAUUCGAGAGAGUCAAAAGCAAAUUAAUUGAAACUGAAGCUCGUUAUAGACAUUUAGAAAGUAUGUUGGAAUCUAGAGAUAAAGAUCUAAGCAAAAAUGAAAAGAAUAGAAUCAAAAUAUUAGAAGCUACUUUGGAAACAAAGGAAUCUAGAAUCAGCAUUUUAGAAGGGGAAAUUGAACUACUUGAAGCGAAAAUUUUAAAACAAGGUGAUGCAAUUUCGAAUGGCUCUUUCUCUGAUGGUGACAAAAGUAAAAUCGAGGAAAAUGCGAAGGAAUUAUUUUCAAAGAUGGAAGAGCUGAGGAUAGAACUAAAUAGAAGAGAUCAAGAAAUAAUGGCCAUGAAUGCCAAGAUGAAGACACUGGAAGAGCAACAUCAUGAUUACCAACGGCAUAUAGCGGUGUUAAAGGAGUCUCUGUGUGCUAAAGAAGAGCAUUACAAUAUGCUUCAGGCAGAUGUGGAAGAAUUGAGGGUACGUUUGGAAGAGAAGAACAAGCUUAUCGAAAAGAAAACUCAACAAACUAUGACCUCUACUCAGGAAAGGAACAGGUUACAACAAGAAGUGCAAGAACUCAGGGACCACAUGGAAAUUAAAGACAGAAAGAUUAAUGUUCUUCAGAGGAAGAUUGAAAAUCUAGAGGACCUUUUGAAAGAGAAAGACAAUCAAGUAGACAUGGCCAGAGCUCGACUGACCGCUAUGCAAGCACAUCACUCCUCUUCUGAAGGUGCUCUUUCCAGUUUAGAAGAAGCCAUUGGGGACAAGGACAAGCAGAUACAGCAGCUGCGAGAACAGAGGGAUCGAGCCGAACAAGAAAAGAACGAAGAGAGGGAGUUGCACGAACGUGAAAUCGCGGAAUUCAAGAUGAAAAUGCACGGGAUGGAAAGCGACAUGGAGAAAUUACAGGUGAGGUUAGAAAAAGCAGCCGCCGAGAAAGAUCGCAUUGAAGUUAAACUUGAAAAUUCCCAGUCCGAAUUAGGUCAGGCUAGGGCUGAGCUGGAGAAGAUGCAGUCCGAGAUGUUGAAGCUCCAGAGUGAAACGGAGCGAAGCCGCAGUGAGCUUGCUAGACUUGCCUUAGAGAAUGAGAGAAUACGAGAGCAGUCUGAGCGUUUAAAAUCCGAUCUUGAUAGGUCUCAAAAUACUUUCGGGAAGUCUCAUGUAUACCAGACUGAAGAAUAUGAGCGACUCCAAGAUCGAUUAGAAAAGGCACAGACUGAACUACGUAGAGUUCAAGCUGAGUAUCGAAUGCAUCAAGCUGAGCAGGAUCGAUCUCGUGGGGAAGUCGAGCAACUUCAAGAAAAAAUUGAACGGUCUCAGGGUGAAAUCUACCGUCUCAAAGCCAAAUUGGAGAAUGCUCAAGCAGAUAAGGAAAGCAUACAGGAGGAAUACGAUCGAGUGCAAGCGACUGUAGCUCGUUCUCAAACCGAAAGGGAUACAGCAUUAGCUGAAGCAGAAAAGCUCAGAACAGAACUUGACCGUGUUCAAGCUCUGCUUUCGAAAAGUCAGUCACAACACGAGAAGACACAAUCAGCUCUUGAUAAGGCUCAGAUGGAAACUGACCGUAUUCAAGAGAAGCUAGAUAAAGCGAAUGCAGAAAUACGUCGAAUGCAAGCCGAACGAGAACGGGCCCAGUCAGAUUUGGAGAGCCUUCAGACUCAACUGAGCCAAGCGCAGAUGAACACUUUAAAAUUCCAGAAGGAAAAAGAGAUGAUUGAGAUGGAGGCUGAAAAGAGUCAGGAGAAAUACGAAAAGACCUUAGCUUCUCUUCAGCGGCUGCAGAAGGAAAAAGAUCUAUGCAACUCCGAGAUGGAAAAAUUGCAAGAGAAAACGGAUCUCUUGCAAGGUCAGUUGAACAAAGCUUUGAAGGACAAAGAUAAUUCUCAAGCCGAAUUCGAUGUUGUCAAAGACCGACUUGAGAAAACACAAAAUCAAUUAGAGAAGUACUACAAUGAUUACGAUUCCUCUCAGAAAGAAGUUAAAUCUUUAAAAGAGCAAGUAGAAAAGCUUCAAUCGCAGUUGCUAAAAGCUCAAGAAGAACGUGAUUCGAGUAGGAAAGAAUAUGAGAGAUUAUUAGAAAAAUCUGAAAAAUCUCAUUCUGAAAUUUAUAAACUCCAGGCAAAAUUAGAUCAAAUGCGCACAGAUAUGGAAAAACUUAAUCUUGAGUUAGAAAAAUCACAGUUAACUUCUAACAAAACUAAAGAAGAGUAUAAAAGUUCUGUUGAGGAGUUGGAGAAACUUCGAGAGAUCCAUUCCAGAACUGCCGCACAGCUGACGAUAUCAAAGGAGUCGGAAGAAAAAUUACGAGUGGAUUUCGAUAGAUGUCAAAUGGAAUUGAAUGUUAUAAGAGAGCAAUACGACAAAUCUCAGGAAGCACUGCGUAAAUCUCAGACACAAUUGGACAAGCUGCAUUCAGAAGUAGAUAGCCUUAAAAAUGAAUUAAAUCGAGUGCAAGCACAGAUAGGAAAAACUCAAACAAAUCAUGAAAAAUCGCAAGAAGAAUUAUCAAAGUCUCAAUCUGAAGUUGAAAAACUGAGAGAGAAAUUAGAGAGACUUCAAGCGGAGUUAAGUCGAAUGCAUGCCGAGAAAGAUAGGCUUUUAACUGAAAAUUCGAAUCUCAAAUCCGAUGUUGAGAGGUAUCAGAGCCAGAUGCUAAAACAUCACACCGCUCAAGAAAAAGCUAUGCUUGAUAUAGAAAAUUUGAAGAACGAAAUCGAGAAAUUCAAAGAUAAAUACGAGAAAACUACAAGUGAUUUAGAAAAAUGCUCAAGAGAAAAAGAAAAAUCAAUUUCAGAAUGCCUUAAAUUUCAGUCUGAAGCGGAAAAACUUUUGAACGAAAAGAACAUAAUAGAAAGAGAGAAGAAUCGUCAGUUAGAAGAUAAUUCCAAACUUCGCAAUGAGAUAGAAAAACUGAGAACCAAAAUUGAAUCCAACAAAGACGAACUGAAGAAGUUUCAAGAGUUGAAACAUCAACACCACAUGGAAAUAGAGAGAAUGAGACACGAUUUAGAAGUUGCUGAGCUGAAAGCUGAGAGGCAUGCCACAUCUGAAGACAGACAAAAACAAGAAGUGGAGAAAGUGAAAUUUGAAUUAGAAAAAGUGAAGGACAGAUAUGAGAGAAGUCAAGCCGAUAUGAAGAAACUUCAAGAAGAGAAAGAUAUAUUCGAAACAGAAGCAAAAACUUUCCAAACUACUGUCGGUCAACUUCGUGCUCAGUUAGACAAUCUGCAGUCUAGUCAGCACGCCUCGGAUUCCGAUCUCCAGAGGGCAAAAGCGGAAACUGAACGUAUUCGAGCACUUCUCCACAAAUCUGAAGCAGAAUUACACAAAUCUGUGGCAGAAAAUAGUAGAUUGCAAACAGAGAUAGUUAAACUGAAGCAAGACUUAGAAGAUUCGGAACAAUCUUUAUCGCGACAUCUUAAGGAUCAGACAAGUAACAAAGGUGAAAUUGAUAAAUUGCAAAGAGAAGUUGACCGCCUUAGAGACAAAUUUGAAAGGGCUCAAGCAGAUGUGCGCAGAAAUGUUGAAGACAAAGAUAGAUUGGAAGCUAAACUGAAGGAAACUAUGGGAGAGUUAGAUCAUCAUCGAACAGUAAGAGGUAAAACUGAAGAAUAUCAACAAAAGUCAAGAGUUGAGUUGGAUUAUUCUCAUAUGGAGCUUCAAAGGAUGAAACGAGAAAUUCAGAGACUUGAACAACAGUUAGAAGAAGCUUUAUCUGAAAAUAAAGAUUUGCGAAGAGAACUCUCAAAGUCCUUAGAAACGAUAACUAACAUUCAGAGGCAGCUGGAAGAUUCUCAGAGUGAUUUGAAACGAGCAGAAGAACAUAAUCGGAAAUUAAAAUCCGAAGCAAGUUCGCAGAGAACUUUCGAAACGGAACUAUUGAAAGCAGAAGAAGAACUUCUGAAUGCUAAUUCCGAAAUAAGGGAUUUGAGAGUAGAAUUAGCAAAAUCGUACGAAGAUGCUUCCAGUUUGCAAAAACAACUCGAUGACUUACAGAAAGACGUAAAAAUUUUGAUGGAAGAAAAUAAAGUUUUAAGAAACGAGCAAGUCAAAUCCCAGAAAGCUGAAAGCGAAUUAGAAAAGAUAGAAGAGCAACUUUUCAGCGCAAAUGCCGAAAACAGAGAACUUCGUAUGGAAUUGGCCGAGACAUAUGAAACUGUUUCAAAUUUGCAGAGGAGGUUGGAUGAUUUGGAAAGAGAAUUGAAGACAGUAGAAGAUCAAAAUAUUAAACUUAAAACAGAACAAGCGAAGUCUCAGAGGACAGUCGAAAGUGAAUUAAUAAAAGUAGAAGAAGAACUUUUGAAUGCGCACUCUGAAAAGAAAGAACUACGUGUGGAAUUAGCCAAAUCAUAUGAGACUGUUUCAAGUAUUCAGAAACAGCUGGACAAAUAUCAGUCUGAACUCUCAAAAGCAGAAGAUGAAAUUAAUAAACUUAAAAUAGAAUUAGAGAAAAGCCAGAAAGCUCAGUCUCGAUUGUCCAAAGUGGAAGAUAAAUUGUAUCAAGCCAACAAUGAAAAUACGGAAUUAAGAGCCGAAACGAAAAAACUGUAUGAAAAGGUAAAUAACAUCCAAAAGCAGUUAGAUGAGUCUAAUAAUGAGCUGAAAAAAGCUGAAGAAAAUAAUCAUCUGUUGAGAUUAAAACUGGAGAAGUCACAGGAGAAAGAUAAAGAGAUGAAGAAGCUGGAAGACCAACUUCAAAACUUGACUGCUGAAAACAAAGAGCUGAAAGCAGAGUUGGCAAAUUUGUAUGAGAAAGUAUCCAGUCUGAAGUUGCAACUGGAAGAUUCUCAGAAUGAUUGUAUGACUCAUGAAGAGAAAAACAGGAAGUUGAGAACUGAAAUCGAAACACUGAAAGAAAAAUUAGACGCUGAAUCUAAUAAGUAUUCUGAAGAGUUGCACAACUCUGCUUCAGAGAAUAAGGAACUGCGAAUGGAACUUGUCAAAGCGUAUGAAACGAUGUCCAAUGUUCAGAAACAAAGAGAUGAUUUGAAUUCUCAAAUCAUGAAAUUACAAGAACAAAAUGAGAGAUAUAAAAGAGAACUGGAUAAAAUUGAAAAGAAGAUUUCUGAAUACAACAAAAUGGAGAAUGAGUUUAAAAAACAGAAUCAAGACCUGCAAGCCGAGCUCACGAAAGCAAAUGAUACCGCUAAAUCUUGGAAAAAUAAGUUUGAAGAUAUGCAAGAUAAGAAAAGCAGAGUUGAUAUAUUGAAUAAAAAACUGCAAGAAGACUUAGAGAAAUAUUCUCAAGUUGAUGUCGAAAAAGAAAAAUUCAAAGAUAUGUUGGAAAGUGUUCAAGGCGAAAAUAGUGAGUUACGAAAAGAAUUAAGCAGAUCUUACGAAGCUAUAUGUAACUUACAGAGCGAACUUAAAGCAUUCAGUUCUCAGAUGGGUAGAAAAGAAGAUGAAAUUAGGAAACUCCGAGCAAGUUCUGAGAAAUCAAAGAAAGAAGCUGAGAGCGAAAUAAGUGACCUUAAUAAAAAGUUCGAUGAACUGUCUACCGAGAAAGAGGAAUUACUAGAAAAAUUAAAAGUUGCCAAUGAAAAGAUUAAAAAGUUAGAAAAACAACUCAGUGAUGAAUCAUACGAACUAAGUAAAUCUCAAGAACAGAAUAAAAAAUUAAAAUUUGAGUUGGAAAAGGCUGAAAAUCGAUUACAGAGUGAACUUCAGAAAACAGAAAGCUUAUAUGACAUAAACGAAGAAAAUAAAGCCUUAAGAGCAGAACUCAGCAACUGCCAAGAAACAAUAUCCGAUAUUAGUCGUAAGAUAGCUGAUAUGACCAACGAAAAUAAAAGGCUUAAAGAGUGUGAAAACCAACAAAAACUAGAAGCAGAGAAAGCAAGAAUGUUUGAGAAAGAAUUGAAAGAUCUACAGCAUAGAUUCGAAAAGUUAGAAAAAAGCAACAAAGAAUAUCAAAAUGAAGUUUUCGAAUAUAAGCAGAUUGUAGAACAGACCCAAAAACUCUACUUAGAAACCCAAAAGGAAUUGGGGGAAGCUAGAGAUACAAUUAACAAAACUCAAAAAAUGCAUUCUGAUACCCAAAAAGAACUUGACAAUUCCAAAAAGACAAUAUCUGAAACAGGUAAAAUGUAUCGAGAUGCCCAGAAAGAACUGAGCGAAGUGGAAGAACAUUUAUCGAAAUCAGAGAAACUUCUUCAAGAAACGACGUCAGAACUUCAAAAAUAUAAAGAACGCACCAAAGCUUUGGAAGAACAACAGACUUCUACUCAAAAAGCUAUUUCAUCCGAACUUCAGAGGCUAGAAGAGGAGUUACAGAAUGCCAACAUGGAGAACAAAGAGUUGCAAAUAGAACUUAAAAAAUCAUAUGAAGAAAUAUCAGACCUCAGAAAGCAGUUGGAAUUAUCGCAAGCCGAUGACCAAAAACAUAAAGAGCAACUUAAAAAAAUGAAAUCGGAGCUGAAAGCUAAAAAAACUUUGGACAGCGAGGUUCAAAGAUUAGAAUUAGAAUUACAAACGGAGAAAUCGGAAAACCUGAAGCUAAAAUCAGAAUUGAGUGAAUACCAUGAAAAACUAUCAAAUUUACAAAAGAAACUCGAAAAUGUAGCUGUGGAACUAGAUUUUUCAAAAGAAGAAAAUAGGAAUUUGAAACAAGCACAUCAUUCAGCUCAAAGGAAUAUGGAAAAUGAAAUUAAAACUUUGAAAGACAUGCUAGAAAAUAAAACGUCUGAAAAUUCCGAAGUUAAAAAUGAACUUGCAAAAUCAUAUGAAAAAGUGUCAAACUUACAAGAAGAAAUCGAAAAAUAUACCUCUGACAUCCAAAAAUUAAGAGAAGAUAACAGAAAACUUAGGACGGAACAAUUACAUUCUCAGAAAACUGUUGAAAGUGAAUUUCAGAAAGUAGAAGACCAGUUGUAUAAUGCUGAGGCAGAGCUCAAGGAGUUAAGAGCAGAAUUGAAUAAAUCUUACGAUACUAUUUCUAAUUUGCAAAAACAAAUCGAAGAAUCUAAAAAUGAGGCAUUAAAAUUAAAAGAAAAUAACAAGAAAUUAAAAUCAGAACAAGAAAAUCUUAAAAAAACCACAGAAAACGAAAUGAAAAAACUUGUAGAAAAAAUUGAAAGUUUGUUCGGAGAAAAUGAAAAACUGAGCACUGAAGUCAAUCAGUACGCUGAAACAGUAAAUAUUUUAAAUACUCAGAUUAACGAAAAUAAGAAAGAAUAUGAUAAAAUGAAAUCGGAAAGGGAUAAAAUAAGUGCAGAUUUUAGUGCUGCUAAAAAGAAUAUGGAAGCAGAAUUUGGCAAAAUUGAAAAGCAGAUACAAGCAAGCGAAACUGAAAAACAAGAGCUCCGUUCAGAAUUGGCCAAAUCUGUUGAUACCAUUUCAUCAUUCCAGAAAGAACUGCAAGACUGUCUAACCGAACUGCAAAAAGUAAAAGAACAAAAUAAGCAACUAAAAGCAGAGCAACAAAAGGUUCAAAAGAAUGUUGAGAAAGGUGUGCUGGUUGAAAAGGAGAAAUUAGAAAAAGAAAUUCCUAAAUUGCAAAAAACUAUUGAGAAACUGAAAACAGAAAACCAAAAAAUUCUACAAGAAUCAGAUAAGCUUAAAAAGGAGUUAGAGAAGGCACAGAGCGAUCUGCAAGGAUCUGGUGUGGAAAGAGAACGAUUCCAAGCUCAGUUGGAAAUGCUUGUGCAAGAACUUGAAAGAAGAGAGUCUGAACUUGAAGCUUUAAGAAAACAGAAGAGACCAAGUGUCCAGGAUGCACCUUUGCAAGCUGAAAACCUUGCAUUGCGAAAGCAAGUUGAUGAGAAGCAGAAAAAGGUUGAUGAAAUGGACAAAGCCUUGCGCAAAUCUCAAGAAAAAAUUAAAUUUUUAGAAUCUCAACCUCCAAAACCUUCUGGAACAGAUACUGAAAAUCAGAAAAGAUUAGAAGCUUUAGAAAAGUUGGUUGAAGAACUAACAAAAGAGAAAGAAAAAAUUGGAAAGGAUGCCGUGAAAUCUCAAGAAGAUGCAAAACGUUUGCAGGCAGAGCUAGAUCGACUAUUAGAAGUUAUGACAGCUGUGGAAAAAGAAAAAUUUUCCUUAAACGAACAGAUAAGAGAACUGCAAGAGGCUAUUAAAGAGAAGGACAGUAAAUUGCAAGGUGCAAAAAGGGGCCAACAAUCCGAUAGGAAUAAAAAUGCUCAGAUGUUAGAAGAAGCUAGAAGAAGGGAAGCUGAAGCUGCUAAGGAAGCAGCUAAAGCACAGGAGCAAGUGCUACAGCAGCAAGAGAGGAUAGAAGAACUAGAAGAGGCAUUGCGAGAGAGUGUUCGUAUUACAGCUCAGAGAGAGGUAGCAGUGGCCCAGAAGCAGUCUCUUAUUGAAACUGCUGAUGAAAAGAUUCGUAGUUUGCAGUCUGAAGUAAGAGGACUUCAAAAAGCUCACAAUGCUAGAUGCACAAACUGUCCACCUUUGAAAGUUAAAUUAGUAGAAAUUGAAAAGAAACUUCAGAAGCUUAUUUCAGAAAGGAAGGCACACCUAGAACAACUAUUUGAAAUGAAGCAAGAAGCUUUAUCUGCAGCAAUAAGUGAAAAGGAUUCUCACCUAGCAUUUCUAGAAAUGUCUGGCAUAAAAAAUGCCAAAGCUGCCGAACAAGUGGAUAAAUUAAAGACUGAAAAGAAGCAACUUGUUGAAAAAAUCAAAAAUGAGAAUGAAAAUCGUGUCAAACUAUUAAUGGAACUAGAAGAUUCUACUUUAAAUAAUAUUAAUCUUAGUGCCAUUGAUGAUAAAGAUUCAUCCCAGGAUGCUGAAGAAGAUGGUUUGCGAUCUAUUCCAUAAGAAAAUCUCUGACUUCUGCAGAGGAAAUGUGAAUCUGCUGCUAGCCAUUACUUGCUCUCUCUCUGAUCCCGUCUUCCAGUCAGAUGUUAUAACUCCUGAGCCUUGCUUCCUAUAAUCUUCAACCUCAAAUGCUAUCAUCCCAUCUGCUACAAAUCUGGAGAAUUCCCUCAUACCUAUUUGAUAAAGAGGGAAAGGUGUAUAAACUGCCAUGAACUACUCUAGUUAACAAAUUUCUGCAAAGCAUUGUGCUCUGUUACCACUUGCCACUGGUGCCAUAGUAAGAGUAGGAUCAUGUCUUUGCCAGAAUGCUGACAGAGCAAAAUAUUAAAAGAUAUAAAUGUAUAUACACUUUUUGUAAAAUUGGAAGCUUCACACUUAACAGAAAUUAAAUAUGAUGCUUCAUUUAUUACAUAAUAUCUUAUGAGACAUUGCAUGGAAGAUGAGUGAGAAUCUAUAACAGAAGUGAUUUUUUUAGGUGGGGAGGGUAAAAAAAGGAACAAUAAAUUAUUCCAUGUUAAGUAUAUGUACAUAUUUAUUAUACAGAAUUCUUCAUCAGUACAAGAGACAUUUUUUAUUUUAAAAGAGGGCUCUUCUAUCUUUAUAGUUAAGAUAUGAGACUGCUUAUCUUUCUUAUAAUUUAAAAUCUAAAUCAAAUAUAUACUUUUCUUCAUGAAACAAUUAAACUAUAGAUCCUUUUCAAAAGUUUUGAUAAUCUGAAUUUUAUAAUAGUAUGAAUGUAUUUGACACUGGGGACAAUUUUAUAAUUUUUUAGUUUCUCAUAGACUCCGCACCUUGAUUAUAGACAAAUAUGUUUUAGGUCCUGCAUGAAUUCAAACUUAAAUAUAAGUGUAUAUAAGGUGGGAAGGAAUAAGUAAUUAUAAGUCACAAUAUAUAAUAAAAUAUUAUUAUGUAUAUAUGUAAGAAAAAUAAAUAAUAUAUAAAACAUUAAAUUAGCAGCAUAAUUAAUUUUCCUUCUCUAUUCUAAUAAUAGUAAUCUCCCUGCACUGUGUCAUUUCAAGAUUAAUCCAUGUCAUAUGAUUCUUACAUAAUUCUAGUGAUGUAAAUGGAACUAAAACUCAAACAGCCAAUAUUAAUUUUACAGCAGUAUUAAUUACCCAAUCAAAAUGAAUUGAGAAUCAAAACUAACUUAGUCUGAAUUAAGAUUUCACCCUGAACAUAAUGCACUUGCUUUUUAAGCUUUUGCCUACAAUCUGUCUGCUUCUUGUUUUUUUUACUGCAAAUCUAUCAAAAAUGUAAGCUUUUUGGAAUAGGCACAAUUAUUAAUGUGCCAAUUUGUUUGUGGCUGCAACAUGUUUGCUGAAAUAAAAAAUGAAGAUUUAAUCUGAUUUCACCUCCAAUUUCCUAUUCAUUAUGGAUCAACACUUCUACACCAUCAAAAUUCCUGCUGUUCAUUACUUAUGAGUUCCUCAUUAUGAUAACAUUUCCUUUUUAGAUUCAAAUAUUUGUGAAACCCAACUACUUAAUUAUUAAUUGUUUUAAAUCUUUCACAUAUGGCUUUAAUUCUUGAAAUGUGCAGUUUAUGUGAAAUACUAAAAUUUCUAUAUAUACUAAAUAUGGCAUAAUGUUGAGAGGUGUAUUAAUAUUGGUCACAAGAGUUUAAAGUCUGAGAAUUUGCGUUUCUAUAAAAGAAAAGUAAUUGUUUGAUAUUUCUCUAUCAGCGUUAUUUUUGGCAAAACAUGAUACUCUCAAUUUUGCUUCUUUGAUCAUUGCUGCAAGUUGCUGAUUGCGUCUGCUGUUUUAUAUCUUUGUGCCAUAUAUUUAAGAAAAAUAUAAAUUUAUUAAUUAUCAGUAUGGAGAAUGCUUGCUUUCAUGCAAUGCACACAAUUCUGUCUCUAGUGAAGCAUAUCAAAAGUAUUUCUAUGUACAUAGUUUGUAUGAUACUCUGAAGCUCUUAUUUUGCAAAGUGUUAUUCUUUAAAAUAUUAAAUCAUUUUACAUCAGUGUAUUAAAUAUGUGAAAGAUUUUGUUUGGUCAAAAUGAGUUAGAAAUGUAACUCAAAAUGAUACACAGUAAAUUAAAACUUUUGCAUGCAUAGAAAAUCGCAAUCUUUACAAUAAUUAUUUUUUUUAGUUAUUUUUAAGAAUAUUAAAAAAAAUCACAGAAGGUGCUAAACAGUAUUGAUAUAUUUAAAUAACUUUUGAAUUUAAAUUGUUUUCUUCUGCAAAUGUGUGAAUUUCAGUCAUGUAUUCUUUUUUAUUUAAUUAUUUUAACAUGGAAGUAACCAUUACUUUAUCAUAUUAAGUAACAGUUCUUUGUGUAUAUGCAAGUUCAAGGAAUAAGUCAGUAAUCAUUAUCUGACUGAUAUUAUUUUAGCAAUCAAAAUAUCAUAUAUUAAGAGGCAGAAUGGUGAGUGCUUUGAUUGUAAUUACAUAUGAUGAGGCACUGUUUGUACAUUUAAUAGAGAAUGUGUGACAUAUUCAUUCCAAGCUCUGUCUCAAUGUAUUACAAGGAAUUUAAGGAAUAGGUAGAACUGUGUAAAUUUUCUCUAAAAGAAUCUAUAAAUGCAAGCUAUGAAAUUCAAAGAUAACUCAUUCAUUCUAUAUGUCUUUCAUCAAGUCACAAAUUACAAUUCUUGAAACUUACAAAUUAUAUUUCCUCUAUUUAAAUAAAAGAAGUUAUAUUUGGCUAAAAAAUUUAGCCAGUUUUUCUCACAAGCAUUAUACUCAAAUGGUUGUUGGUUUGUAGGUAGAUAUGAUUGUAUAUUGUCUAUGGAAACAUAGAAAUAUCAAGUUCUAUGGAAAAGAGAAUGUUUCAACAGCUAUGAACAGUUGAACCUAAGAUAUAUACCAUCAUGUUUUGCUGACUGUUAAUGAAAAUAAAUGCAGCAAUACUUUCGAUAUAUAUUAUUAUAUAGAUACUAUAUGUUGUUGCAUCUGUACUGUAAUGGUAUUUUGUUGCCCAUUGCAUCCAGAGAUAAAAAAAAAUUAAUUAUAAUGUUUUCAGUGAAUUUGAGCAAUUAUUUACUCAUACAAUAGAAUAAUUAGAAAUGUGAUACUGUAUAGUCAUGGGAAAAUAAUUGGUGGAUGUCAUUCAAUUUUUAUUGUAUUCUAAAAUUAAUAUAUAUAAAGAAAUAUUCAGGAUAUUGUGCUUUCUGUAAAAUACAUAUCUGUGUUUUACCAAAUUUAUAAAGUAUAAUUUUGUGUUUAGUUUAUA